GAUAGAUAGAUAGAUAGAGUGUGGAGGCUGCAAUGAUGCCAGAAGAACCUGAACCGAUCCACUGCUGCCACAUAUAACCCAAGCUCAGAGGUUGAUCAUGGUGCUGAGCCGAGCCUCCAGCACCACUUCACCCAUCAGCUUGCUGGCGGUGGCGAGCACCUAUCCCAACGCCUCCUCGCCUCUACCUUCAUCGUCCUGCAGCAUUGAUGAAUCCUACAAGUACAUCUUCCUGCCUGUCUGCUACUCGCUCACCUUCGUCUUCAGCCUCACCCUUAACUCGGUGGUGCUGCUGCGCUCGUGCUGCCACCACAGCAGUGGUGGGCGGCGCUGGAACACCUCCCUGAUCUACAUGGUGAACCUGGCCACCACCGACCUGAUGUACGGCCUGUCGCUGCCCUUCCUGGUGGCGAGCUACGUGAUGAGGGAUCAUUGGAUUUUCGGAGACUUCAUGUGCCGCCUCGUACGUUUCCUCUUCUACUUCAACCUCUACUGCUCCAUCUUCUUCCUCACCUGCAUCUCUGUACACAGGUAUCUGGGGAUCUGCCAUCCAAUGUGGACCAUCACGCUGGAGAGCAAGCGGGUGGUGAAGGGGAUCUGCGCGCUGGUGUGGGUGGUGGUCUUUGUACUCACCUGCCCCAUCUUCCGGUUUGCCCAGACAGGAUAUGUUAUGCGAGGAGUCACCGUGCCUGUGGGCUCUGAAGGGAUGAGGGGCGGCGGGAAUCGGACCGAGGAGCGGUACAUGAACUGCUGGGACGACGCCAUUGAUAAGGAGUUUGCCAGCUACGUCCCUUAUGGCAUCGUCCUCCACCUGCUGGGCUUCUUUGUGCCCUUCGUUGUAAUUGCCUGGUGCUACUCGCAUGUGGUCCGGACAAUAUUCCAGACCCUGCGCUCUCCACCCAGUUCGAUAGAGGGUGGUGAGGAUGGUCCGGUGGGGGACGCAGCAGUUGAAGGUGUUCGAGAUCGAGAGAGAACCUCCGUCUCCAUCUCUGGCUCCCAGUACUCGCACUAUAUCCGGCGGCGUCGGAAAUCCAUAAAAACCAUCCUAACCAUCACGCUGCUGUUUGCACUCUGCUUCCUGCCAUUUCAUGUGACUCGGACGCUUUUCAUGCUCCUGCGGCGGGGGCAGCUCGGCGGGUGCAACGCCAUGAAGACCGUUUCCAUCUGCUAUAAGGUCACCAGGCCGCUGGCCUCCUGCAAUGCCUGGCUCAACGCCCUCCUCUACUUCCUGACAGGGGAUAAGGGCGCCCCUUGCUGCUGGCCAGCAGAACGCACUGUCCGCCGACACCGCCGCAACGGCUCCCUCUGGUGGCCGCUGACGAUACUGAAGAAGGACGGAGUGGGGGAGGAAGAGCAGGAGGAGAGGGUUGAGGGACAGACGCGAAUAGAAAAUGAAUCCAAGUCUUCAAGGGUCGUCUGAGUGUUGCUAGGACACAAGCGUCAUUAUCAGCCAAGUUUCCAUCCAAAUACUCAAAGAAAGUAAAUGAACAAACAUUUCUGUUCAUCACUGUGAGAAUACCUGAAGUUUGGUGCAUCAGCAGGUGGAGAAACUGAAUCUGCCGUCUACCAUUGAUCCUUCCACAAACACCAUUUCUUAGUUUCCUCAGCGGGUAUGAAAGCCUGUCCCAAGAAAAGAUGGGGAGAAAAUUCUAUCUUUUAAAUCUAAAGUCUUUAUUUGGCUCUACCAAAAUUUAUAUAAAAAUAUCUUUUUUAUAUUUUUUUGUAUAUUUACAGUUUGAUUACUGUGUAAUGUCAACGCAAUUGUAGUGCAAAAGAUAUCCAGCAGGUGGUGGUAUCAGAUUCUGUACAAUGGGGUUUUCCACAGUUUUUACCAUAAAGUGAUGAAAAACGUAUCAGAAACUGUCACGAAGCCCUAAAAUAAUCUUGAGAUGAAGAUCGUCAUCUAUCAGUGUAGGGAUGUCAUUAAAUUACACGUUUAAUCGCAGGAUUGAUUAUUCAUAAAGAUUUUUCAAUAUUGUGACUUUUCAUAAAAGAAAUUAACUCAUAUUAAUCAUAAUAAUCGUAAAACUGUGAUUACUUCUUUGGCUAUAAUCGUACAAAGAAAGUCUUUCACUGUUACAUCCCUAGCUCAGCGUGGAGCUGCUCACUCAAACUUUUUGUUAAAGACAAUUUAUUUCAGUUUAAUUUUAACUCGGACCGAAACUGCGUCUCAGAUACUUCAUUAGAAAAUAAUCUACGAAUCUACAGAACCAGACCUGUCACAUGUUCGUACCCUGAAAUCCUUCCAACAUGGCCUCCAACCCACCGCCGUGACACUCUGAGUAAACCGACCACCAACCAGGAGACUUCAGGCUAAGAAAAAAAGUUUAUGUCACGUUACCCUGACGCCCGUUCGACCCGCCUACAGUCAGAUAGUUUUCAGAUGUAGAUCUUAAGUUUUCACUGGAAUGUUUCUAGCUUCCAGAAAUCUUCUGAAAAUUCUUGUCCACCAAAGUCAGGAUGAACCACAACUCUCUCAUCCUCUUUACUCUCGUCCCAAACACAGCUGAAGGUUUUCAGGUCAUCAUGGUGUCCGUCUGUUUGACUUCCUGUCGGUGGGAAUUGUUAAACAUGUUAUAGUUUCCCGCUGAAACAAACUGUGACCCAUGCUGUGUGAAACUGCAUCAACUACAGCAGGCGGCGUCUUCAUGUCUUCUCUGACCAGCGCCACCAAGCUCCAGGUGUUUGUUUACAGGUAAAUAAAGGAUGGGGGAGGGCUGGAAAUGAUCGUUGCGAAGGUCAGACCUGACCAUG